CGCUUGUCCAGCAUCAUUCACCAUGCCCGACGGCUCUGGUCCCUCUACAUCUACGUACAAGAAUACAUUCAAUACCGUCGAGCGGGAGAAGACUUUCAGAAGGCCGCCUUCGAAAUCCAAUACCGUUCCUAUCCUUCAGGAGUUCGUUGCACCCCACAUCGAAUCCUUCAAUGCUCUCUUCGACGACUCAGGCUUGCCUUGGGGAGACGGUAACGGCCAUGGACUUCUGUCUUUGGGACUGAAAGAUAUCGGAGAACGGGUCAUGUUUGACCGAGAUCCAUCAAAAGCAGCAGCCGGUUCAUGGGGUAACCGUAUGAGCAUAUGGAUCGAACAGGUGUCUAUUGCGAGGCCGAUGGUUCCGGACAAGGACAGGCAAGCAACGGAGCGUAAGGUAUUUCCGACCGAGGCUAGAGAACGACUGACAUCGUACCGUGGUCGUAUGACGAUCAAAAUAUGUUGGAAACUGGACUCUGACCCACAACCGCGUACGCUCACACGGGAUUGUGGCCUGGUCCCUAUCAUGGUUCGGUCCGUUCGGUGUAAUCUUCGCUCGAUGUCGUCUGCUGAACUUGUCAAGCACCACGAAGAGCCAGAGGAGUUUGGCGGAUACUUCGUCAUCAAUGGAAACGAACGUCUCAUUCGAUAUCUCAUUCUUCCCCGACGAAAUCAUGUCGUUGCUCUUUCUCGACCUUCGUUCGUCGGCCGGGGACCAUCAUACACUCCCUACGCCGUUCAGAUUCGUUGCGUCCGUCCGGACCAAACCGCUGUUACCAACACCUUACACUACCUGUCCAAUGGCAGCGCAAUGUUCCGCUUCAGCUGGAGGAAACAAGAAUAUGUCAUCCCAAUCAUGCUUAUUCUCAAAGCUUUGGUCAGUGCGUCGGACAUGGAGAUCUUUGAAGGCGUCAUGAUGCAGGAUUACGACAAUACCUUCCUUACCGACCGCGUCGAAUUGCUCCUACGCAGUUUCAAAAUGUACAGUCUGUACACCGGGGAUCAGUGCUUAGACUAUCUAGGCGACAAGUUCAGGGUCGUACUCGGAUUGCCGGAGGACUGGAAUAACCAAGCCAUUGGCGCAUGGAUCAUCCACAAAUUGGUGCUUGUGCACUUGGACGAUGUCCGAGAGAAGUUUAGGAUGCUUCUGUUUAUGCUACGCAAAUUGUACUCAAUCGUCUCCAAGUCAUGCUGUGUCGACAACCCCGAUUCUCCUCAGCACCAAGAAGUUCUUCUCCCUGGUCAACUCUAUGGCAUGAUCAUCAAAGAAAAGCUCGAGGAUGCAUUGAACCAGAUUCGUACUCAAGUCGCUCUUGACGUGAGGAGAGGAGAUUCUUCGGUGGACUUUCAGAAUGACCGUUACAUCACCAAAAUUAUCAAUAAAGUGAACUUCGACAUCGGCGCCAAGAUGUCGAACUUCCUAGCCACUGGCAACCUUGUGUCACCCACAGGUCUGGAUCUUCAACAGGCUUCUGGCUUUACCAUCGUCGCCGAAAAGCUCAACUGGCAUAGAUACAUCAGUCAUUUUAGGUGUAUCCACCGUGGAGCAUUCUUCGCCGAGCUCAAAACUACUACAGUUCGAAAACUGCUUCCUGAAGCAUGGGGCUUUCUUUGUCCUGUGCACACCCCCGAUGGUUCUCCCUGCGGUCUCCUAAACCACCUUUCCCGCACUUGUCGCAUCGUCACUGCUCCUCUCGCUGUUGCUCAUCUUCCCUCCCUCCUCAUUGAACACGGCAUGACACAAGCGUUCUCCACCUCCGUUGACGGUAGUAAAAACCUUUGCGUCCAGCUCGACGGCCGCGUCAUCGGCUGGGCAAGACCUUUCGUCGCCAAAACUCUCGCAACGAACCUACGAAUAUGGAAGACAGAGGGAAAGCAUAAUGUUCCAUUGGACCUAGAGAUUGGUUUCGUACCUGCCUCGGAAGGAGGACAGUAUCCUGGCCUGUUCCUCUUUUCGUCUCGCGCCCGCAUGAUGCGGCCGGUGAAGUAUCUACCCAACGGACGGGACGAUCAAGUCGGCUCGUUCGAGCAGGUCUACAUGGAUAUCGCCGUCACGCCAGAAGAGAUCGAACCUAGCGUUUCGUCGCAUGUCGAACAUUCGCCUACGAAUUUCCUGUCUAUCCUGGCGAAUAUGACUCCAUUCUCUGACUUCAAUCAGAGUCCCCGUAAUAUCUAUCAAUGUCAGAUGGGUAAGCAAACCAUGGGCACACCAGCGACGGCGUUGAGGCAUCGAACAGACAACAAGCUCUAUCGACUUCAGAGUGGACAAAGUCCGGUCGUGCGCCCAGCCCUUCAUAACACUUACGGCAUGGACUCCUUCCCGAACGGAACCAACGCCAUCGUCGCCGUUAUCUCUUAUACUGGGUAUGACAUGGAGGACGCCAUGAUCCUCAACAAGUCGGCACACGAACGAGGCUUCGCCUACGGUACGGUCUACAAGUCGCAGAUCAUCGACCUGAAGGAACAGAAGGGUGCAAUCAAAGCGACCAGUGCUCCCACGCUUCAUUUCGGACUGGGGUACGAAAUCAAGACGGAAGGGGAUAAGAAACACAGCUGUGUUGAAUUUCUUGAUCUCGAUGGGCUGCCUAAUAUUGGCGCGAGAUUGAAUCCCGGAGAUCCCAUCGCUGCAUACACGGACGAUACAACUGGUGGACGAACCAAGUUUGUGAAGUACAAGGGUGAUGAGGUUGCGUAUAUCGAAGAAGUUCGACUUCUGGGUUCCGACGCUGGUGAUGCUGAGCUGCAGAAGAUCCAUAUCACGCUACGGAUCACUCGGUCCCCCGUCAUCGGCGACAAAUUCUCGUCUCGACACGGUCAAAAAGGUGUCUGCUCGCAAAAAUGGCCGGCCAUCGAUAUGCCGUUCAGUGAGAGCGGUAUGCAGCCAGACGUUAUUAUCAACCCACAUGCCUUCCCUAGUCGUAUGACUAUCGGCAUGUUGGUGGAGAGCAUGGCGGGAAAAGCAGGCGCGAUGCACGGCCUUGCGCAGGACGCCACGCCAUUUACAUUCUCGGAACAGGACACGGCGAUUGAUUAUUUCGGAAAGCAGCUACUCGCCGCUGGGUACAACUACCAUGGAAGCGAGCCAAUGUACUCUGGAAUAACUGGCCAGGAGUUCGCUGCCGACAUCUACUUUGGAGUGGUCUAUUACCAGCGACUCCGACACAUGGUUCUCGAUAAGUUCCAAGUGCGGACGACUGGACCCGUCGACCCGUUAACGCGUCAGCCCGUGAAGGGACGUAAACGGGCUGGUGGUAUCCGUUUCGGUGAAAUGGAACGUGACGCUCUCAUCGCCCACGGCACCUCCUUCCUCCUCCAAGACCGUCUCAUGAACUGCUCCGAUUACUCUACCGCCUGGGUCUGCAGAACCUGCGGUUCUCUCAUCACCCUCGGCUACGAUGACGUCCAGCUCGGCGAAAUCGUCCUCGGUGGUCCUUCCUCACACUCACACGCACCAAAACCUUCGGGCCCACAAGGCGAAUACUGUCGCGUCUGUCGAGCGGCGGCAGAGCAGGAAGAAGAGCGUGAGAGGAAAGCGCUCGUGACGGGGCAAAACCCGGAACGGGUGGGUAAAAACGAUGUGAGGGUGGCGAUUCCGUCACAGCAUGUGUUGGGCAGUAAUGGCGGAGGGAAGGGAGGGGAUCUGGAUAUUGUCGCGGUUCCGUAUGUGUUUAGGUAUCUCUGUGCGGAGCUGGCGUCGAUGGGUAUUGCGGUGUCGUUGGAGGUGAAGUAGUGUGUAUGUACUACAUACGUGCUGCUCUGCAAGCUUUCUUGUUGUAUCGUCCUAUCGCUAUUUUUAUCCGUUGGGGUCG